AGUUCGUUCGUAAACUGUAGUGAAAUUCUAACCUAUACUUGGAAAUUUUUAAACUUUUAAAUUGUAAAAAUGUGAAGCGUAAUAAUGAGUGUUUUUUAGAAUAUCCUUAUCACAUGACAACAAACUGCAUGACAGAAAAGAAAAAGAAACUAUUCUUAUUAUUGUUUACAAAUCUUUGUGACUUCAAAAGUACCGCGAUUCCGCUUUAUGAUGAAUCAGAAAAUUAACAAUGCGGGUGGAGUAAUAAAAGUGUAAUUCCAUUAAAAUUUUUUUGAAUAUUAUUUCUAAAAGAGUGGUUUCUAAUAUCGGAUAUCAUUUUGGACUAAGUAAGCAUUUAACUGAAAUAAAUUAAGAAAUGGAAAAUCCCAGUGAAGAAUACAGGCCUCUAUUUGGGAGUUCUGUGCCAGAUAGGCCUUUGUUUGGAGAUUCCAAUAGAAGAGAUCGAGUUGUAAAUAUGGUGCUUGGAAUAAUAACAACUUUGUUAGUUUUGAUAACAAUGUUUUCUGCUUUUUUUGCAAAAACACCUCCUCAAGGAUUAAAUGUAUAUUUUAUCCUUUGCAUUUUUCUUAUUUGUUUGGGUCAUAUUUUAUUGAUAUAUUGGUAUCGCCAGGGAGAUUUAGAUCCAAAGUUUCGAUUGUUAAUUUAUUACAAUGCCCUCACCAUAAUUUUACUCACUACGUGUGCCCUCUCAUUCUUCUUCACUGAACGAUGACCCCCGGUUCAUCAUCACUUCAUGUUGAUCAGAAAUAAUCAUUGCACAGUGAUAAAAUGUCAUUCCAAGUUCUUCAUCUGUUUUUAUCUGUUCUUUACUGAAAAUUUCUUAUGCUGUUAGAAAAGAUGUCAAAAUCUAAACUUGUUAUUCUCCUGAAUCUGUGAUGCAAUAUGAUGACAUUUUGUAUGAUGUACUUCGCAAAAAAAAAUGUCCAAUUUUGAUUAGUAUGUUAUGAGCAUUAACCAUGUUGUUUAUUUCAAAGUUAAUUGUUAUAAAAUUUGCACUUUUAUUAUUGUUAUUUACUAGAAAAGAAAAAAAAACAUUUGUACUCAAAUCAAAAUAAUUUUAAACCUUUGCUUUUAAAGGUGACUCUUGGUUUUAUUUUGUGUGUUACUAUUAUUUUUUAAUAGUCUUAUUAAUAAAAUUAUUUAUUUUUGCUUAUGAA